UGCGGCGACGGCGGCCGCGGCGGAGCCACGGGUCGGGCUCCGCUCCGUGUGACGGCGGCCGCGGCGGCGGUGGCGGCCGCGACCAGGUCGGCGUCCUGGCCAAGCAUGGUGACAGCCUGUGCCCUCGGCCCCCUCGUCUGGCGCAGCCGGAAGAGCCGCCAGCCUCGGGCGCCGAUGGCCCCCCGUGUGAGGGAGUGAGCAGCCUGGCCCUGCCCUACGGAUCGAGGGGGGACGCAGCGGCCGAGUGACCUGAGACCACGCUGCCGACCCCCUCCCACCAGUUGACGGAUGGUGGAGCGAGCCAUGAGCGACCCACGUCAGGGUCGUGGAAUGAUGGUGGGAGGCAAGGCAUGAGUGACCCCCGUGGUCACCUGUAACUAACUUCUUGGUAGAAAUAGUGGUCUCGGUGCCCCAGGCCGACUCAGCGGACCCUCCCCGGCCGUCGCCCCAGCUGAUGGGGCCACCGGGGCCCCGAGCAGCAGCUUGACCGUCCAGACCCCACCCUGCCCAGCCAUGGCCGGCGCCGAGGGCUUCCAGUACCGCGCGCUGUACCCGUUCCGCCGGGAGCGGCCGGAGGACCUGGAGCUGCUGCCCGGCGACGUGCUGGUGGUGAGCCGAGCAGCCCUGCAGGUGCUGGGCGUGGCCGAGGGCAACGAGCGCUGCCCACAGAGCGUGGGCUGGAUGCCGGGCCUCAAUGAGCGUACGCGGCAGCGAGGUGACUUCCCCGGCACCUACGUCGAGUUCCUGGGUCCUGUAGCCCUGGCCCGGCCCGGCCCUCGUCCGCGUGGCCCCCGCCCACUGCCCGCCAGGCCCCGGGACGGGCCCCCUGAGCCAGGCCUCACGCUCCCUGACCUGCCAGAGCAGUUCUCCCCACCUGAUGUGGCUCCCCCGCUCCUGGUGAAGCUCGUGGAGGCCAUUGAGCGGACAGGGCUAGACAGCGAAUCCCUCUACAGGCCUGAGCUGCCCGCCCCGCGCACAGACUGGUCCCUGAGCGACGUGGAGCAGUGGGACGCCACAGCCCUGGCAGAUGGCGUCAAGGGCUUCCUGCUGGCGCUGCCCGCCCCCCUCGUGACGCCCGAGGCUGCGGCCGAGGCGCGCCGGGCCCUGCGGGAGGCCGCGGGGCCCGUGGGGCCGGCGCUGGAGCCCCCGACGCUGCCACUGCACCGCGCGCUCACGCUGCGCUUCCUGCUCCAGCACCUGGGCCGGGUGGCCCGACGUGCCCCGGCUCCGGGCCCCGCCGUGCGAACCCUGGGCGCCACCUUCGGGCCGCUGCUGCUGCGCGCGCCGCCCCCCUCGCCGCCGCCAGGGGGCGCGCCCGACGGGACUGAGCCCAGCCCUGACUUCCCGGCGUUGCUGGUGGAGAAGUUGCUUCAGGAACAUCUGGAAGAGCAGGAGGUCGCACCCCCAGCGCUGCCGCCCAAACCCCCCAAGGCCAAGCCAGCCCCCGCAGGCCUAGCCAAUGGGGGGAGCCCGCCCUCCCUGCAGGAUGCCGAGUGGUACUGGGGUGACAUCUCCAGGGAGGAAGUGAAUGAGAAACUCCGGGACACACCCGACGGCACCUUUCUGGUCCGAGAUGCAUCCAGCAAGAUCCAGGGGGAAUACACACUGACCCUCAGGAAAGGCGGGAACAACAAGCUGAUUAAGGUCUUCCAUCGUGACGGGCACUAUGGCUUCUCAGAGCCGCUCACCUUCUGCUCCGUUGUGGACCUCAUCACCCACUACCGCCACGAGUCGCUGGCCCAGUACAAUGCCAAACUGGACACACGGCUCCUCUACCCAGUGUCCAAGUACCAGCAGGACCAGAUCGUCAAGGAGGACAGCGUGGAGGCGGUGGGCGCCCAGCUCAAAGUCUAUCACCAGCAGUACCAGGACAAGAGCCGCGAGUACGACCAGCUCUACGAGGAGUACACACGCACCUCCCAGGAACUGCAGAUGAAGCGCACAGCAAUUGAGGCCUUCAACGAGACCAUCAAGAUCUUUGAAGAGCAGGGCCAGACACAAGAGAAGUGUAGCAAGGAGUAUCUGGAGCGCUUCCGGCGUGAGGGCAAUGAGAAAGAGAUGCAGAGGAUCCUGCUGAACUCAGAGCGGCUCAAGUCUCGCAUCGCCGAGAUCCACGAGAGCCGCACGAAGCUGGAGCAGGAGCUGCGGGCACAGGCCUCCGACAACCGGGAGAUCGACAAGCGCAUGAACAGCCUCAAGCCAGACCUCAUGCAGCUCCGCAAGAUCCGAGACCAGUACCUCGUGUGGCUUACCCAGAAAGGUGCCCGGCAGAAGAAAAUCAACGAGUGGUUGGGGAUCAAAAAUGAGACCGAGGACCAGUAUGCGCUGAUGGAAGACGAGGAUGACCUCCCCCACCACGAGGAACGCACGUGGUACGUGGGCAAGAUCAACCGCACGCAGGCUGAGGAAAUGCUGAGUGGCAAGCGGGAUGGCACCUUCCUCAUCCGCGAGAGCAGCCAGCGGGGCUGCUAUGCCUGCUCUGUGGUGGUGGACGGCGACACCAAGCACUGUGUCAUCUACCGCACGGCCACCGGCUUCGGCUUCGCGGAGCCCUACAACCUGUACGGGUCGCUGAAGGAGCUGGUGCUGCAUUACCAGCACGCCUCGCUGGUGCAGCACAACGACGCGCUCACUGUCACGCUCGCCCACCCCGUGCGGGCCCCCGGGCCCGGGCCCCCGCCGGCCACCCGCUGACCACCGAGCACCGGCCCGGAGCGGUCACCCCCGGGCCCGGAGGCUGGGGGGGCAGUCCCAUCCUUCUGCCUCUGUCCCUUCUUCCGGGUUUUCUGUCUUGUCUGUCUGUCUCCUUUAGGAGCCUCUU